AUGUCUGGACGUGGCAAGGGUGGAAAGGGUCUCGGCAAGGGUGGCGCCAAGCGUCACCGCAAGAUUCUUCGUGACAACAUCCAGGGUAUCACUAAGCCGGCCAUCCGUCGUCUCGCUCGUCGUGGGGGUGUCAAGCGUAUCUCCGGUCUCAUCUACGAGGAGACCCGUGGUGUCCUCAAGAUUUUCCUUGAGAACGUUAUCCGUGACUCCGUCACGUACACUGAGCACGCCAAGAGGCACACCGUCACGGCUCUCGACGUCGUUUACGCCCUCAAGCGCUCCGGCCGUACUCUCUACGGCUUCGGUGCCUGA